AUGGCGGUGGUCCUCGCGUGGCUCAACGCCAGGGUCGUCGACCCCCUGCUGCAGGUCAUCCAGAGGGGCGCGGAGCCGAAGCAGCUGGCCUUCUCCGCCGCGCUCGGCGUCACCAUCGGGGUCUUCCCCAUCUGCGGGACCACGGUUAUUAUCGGUGGACUUGCUGUGGCGAUGUUAGGAGCUCGUUGCAAUGCCGUUACUGUCAUGGUUCUCAAUUUAGCUGCUACUCCUCUUGAGCUAAGCUUGAUCAUUCCUUUCUUACGUUUGGGAGAAAUAGUCACGGGCGGUGAGCACUUCCCCUUGACAUCUGAUGCAUUCAAGAUGGUCCUCACAGGCCACGCCUCAAAGGACGUGCUACUCAGCAUUUUUCACGCGAUUCUUGGCUGGAUGGUUGCUGCACCGUUUGUGAUGGCUGGGCUGUACACCUUGUCCGUCCCUUGUUUCAAGUACCUGGUCGGCAGCAACAUGGAACAUCUGCAAUGCACAGGAGUUUGGACGAGCCUGACUUGCGUCUCUGAAGCUGUUCCAUGUUGCACGCUAUUCUGGAGCAAUAACCACGCCAUGACUACAUUGUGCAUUCUGGAGCAACAACCAUGCUUUGAGAGCUCGUGCUUCAUCGGUUGGUCGGUUCUUCGAAAACAUGUAAAUCCUCUGAGCAACUCGCCGUUAAGAAAGUCAUUCUGCAUAAGUAUGUGA